AUGAUUGAUGCCGAGUCCUCUAUCAUACUGUUAUGCGUUGAAUGCUGCUCUGUAGUCACCGCUGUCAAUAGCAUUUCGGUACCGAAGUAUGGCAAACUGCAGCUCUACGCCGCGCGCCCGUGUUCCACUAUGACAACGGAGCAUCGGCCCGCCGCGCCUAAGGACCCACUUUUGACAGACGAAAGUGUUUGCCACUUGGUAUUGGUGGUUUCCUUGCUGUUGCAUUGUUCGCGGUUCGGAGCACGUGCUGAGGCUGAGGCUGAGGAGGCAAAUGCGAAUGUGGAUGCGAAUAGGAAGUGUUGGCCUUCGGACGUCGUUGUGCAAUCGUGUUCUGGUGAUAUGUAUACAAGGUGA